GUUUGUCUAUCAUCGUUUUCCGCUGAUGAUAUACGGAAUGCAGUUCGUGUCACGUUAGAAACGCUCCAAUUGGGGACGCUUUCUCAACUUAUCAUAUCGUUUCCUUAUGACGAAUCAGUG